AUGCUCUUCAGCUCCGGGAUUCCCACACGCAUCUGGGUCCCUGUGCUGAUUGCGCUACUGUUUGGGGUUGUGGUCACCACGCUGCUGUUGCACGACGAGAUCUUGCCCGUAGACUACGGACCACCCCCAAACACAGAGACCGGUCCAAAACCCAACAUCAACAGAGUACCCGUCCGUGACACGGACCUGAAACAAUGGGGCUUUUCGCCGCCCCGUGUAUCAUGUACCGGGCCCCGAGGACUGGAUUUAGGCCCAGAAGACAAUGACGACAACGUGCGUGAAAACACCAUCGAUAUUCCUUACCCACGCCCAUUUGUGGGUUCACAUGAGACUCUUGGUCUGAGCCAGACUUGGAUGACGGCUGCAGACCGCUAUGGACCGUACGGCUGGGGCGAAGAUGAGCCCACGUACAGGCGGGAGAAGGUCGCCUGGAACACCACCAAUUGGUCCAAGCUGCAGAACCAAUGCCUAGAACGCAACGCCCGGAGAUUUAAAGAUCCCACGCCGAUCCGACCACUUGACAGACGCUUCCGCAAGCGCAAGCCUGGAGAAGAAAUCCCGGAUCUUGUUGCUGAACCUCAAGACCCCCGGUAUGUUCCAAGGACCGCCGUCGUCUUUCGUGCCUUUGAAGGUUACAAUUACACCACAGAGGACCUAAUCAACCUCCGCGCCACCACGGCCGAGACCGCUUUGCGAUUCGGAGGGGAGUACACCGUCUUCAUCAUGGUGGAUGUCAAGGACAAACGGCGUGCCAUCUUCGCCAGCGAGGAAAACUACCGGCGAGCCGUCCAGGACCUUGUACCCCCCGAGUUCCAGGACAUGGCCGUGUUGUUCGACGAGACCGUACUGCAGAGCUGGUACCCGGGCAUCCAAACGCAUAUCACUACCUACCAAGUCAUGCAACCGCUGCAGCUAUUUGGGCACUUUUACCCCGAGUUCGAUCACUACUGGCAGCUGGAGGUGGACCUCCGUUUUACCGGCCAUGCUGGACGGUACCUGUCAUCCAUGUCCGACUUUGCCCGUCGGCAGCCGCGAAAACAGUCCAUGGAGCGCAGCACCUGGUUCUACAUGCAGGAUGCGCACGGCAGCUACUCCGACCUAACCGCCUCGAUCAACGCCACCCUCGAUGGCGGCGGUGGGAUAGGCUGGAAUAUGCAAAUCGACGAUUUUGAACCCAUCGGCCCGCGCCCACCUGUCGAGGACCCCCAAGACGACCCCUUCAGCUGGGGUGUCGGCGAAGAAGCGGACUUCAUUGCCGUUGGGCCCUGCGCUCACGUUCAGUACAUGGUCGACUGGGCCUGGCGAAACUGGUACCAGGGCCUGAAGGCAGGCACCAACACGCCGCGAUGGAUGUGUCAACCAGCCAUGGGUCGCGCCAGCAAAACCCUCCUGCGCGCCGCCCACCACGGCCAAUCCGUCCAGGGCCUAGCGGUCCACUCUGAAGCGACACUCUCGUCAUUUGCUCUCUGGCACGGUCUCAAACUCGUCGCUCCACCACACCCGUUGUAUCAAGACCCGCAGUACCCGCUCGACAGGAUGAACGAGCUGUACAACGGCCCAGGCUCCGUGGAAGCCCACACCAAAUCGGGGAUGGUCGGCAUGGCGCACGGCCAGGCCAUUUACAAGAUCACCCCGUGGGCAUACAUCACGACGGCGGCAUCGUUUUGGUACACGUCGCAAUUCCCCGAUAAGAUCUACGACGCAUGGUUGUCUCGUGGGUCACACGGGAAAAGCGAAGGCAAGGGUACAAACACGACGGCAGACCUGCCGUAUGUGCUUUGGCGUGAUAGCGCAGAUGGUGAUGGGGGCGAGGGGGCUGUGUAUGCUCCAAAUAUGAUGCUGCACCCGGUCAAAACGAACCACAAUUUGGUGGACCUCCCGGCCGGACCGGGGCCGUUGUUCUGGGUUGCUAUUGCGGGCGGGGCCUGCGUGGGCUUGGCCGAGUUGGUGGUGGUCGCGUUAUGGUGGCGGAAGAAAAGGAAAGGGGUGAUUCAAUACGUAUCGCUAAGGAGAUAUGAUGAGGAUUAG